AUGUGGCAGACUCAUUUGGGUAUUAAAGGAAUUAUUGACGAUGAAGAUGGUGAACCAAUCUAUAAUGCAAGUAUUAAAGUUUAUCAAUCAAUUAACAAUAAUUGGGAAUAUAUUGAUCAUGAUGUGACAUCAAAUCCUGAUGGUAAUUAUUAUCGUUUACUUGUCGAUGGUACAUAUGCGAUAAAAGUGGCAAAACCAGGUUAUGAAAGUCAAAUUCAAUAUGUUAAAAUUCAUAAUAAAGAACAUCAAACUAAUGCACAGCGUCUUGAUUUUACUCUUCAAACGGCAUCAUCUGAACGAAUUAGUCUUCAGCAAAUACUCAGAAAACAUAUGAAUAAUGUUUGA